AUUGUUGAAGUUAUUGGUGAAGGCAUGGUUGUCGUAGGCAUCACUUUCGAAAACGGUAAUGUGGAACAACGAGCUUCUUUUUAUAAUGGUAAUCAUCAUGUUGCUGAUGUUCAAUUUGAAAAUGUCAAAAAUGCGGGCUGGUAUCAGUAUGAUGGUUUAGGAAAAACCUAUCGUGCAAGAGCAAUGCACAUGGGAAGUUCGCGCCCACCUCACAAAACUGGCUAUGCUAUGGAUUUUGCAAUUUAU